AUUACCAGUCAGUCUGACGAAAAUUAUCAACGAGUUAGAAAAUUAUUAAAAGACGUGCAUAUAAAGAAUAUUAAAUAUGAAGAAUUUGAUUUAUUGGAAUAUUUUGCGGAUGGAGGUACUUGUCAAGUUAAAAAGGCGAUGUGGGGUAAUGGAGAUAACAAAAAAUUUGUUAUCCUAAAAUACGUGAAGGAGGAAUCAAUCCAGGAACUUAAUAGAGAGCUCAAGGUUCAUUAUGCAGUAAACAUUAUAAACUCUCACGAAAAUAUUAUAAAGUUUCACGGAUUAAGAAAACUAGAAGAGCAAAAGACAAUUACUGGGUCUAUAUUCAAAGAAGGAGGAAAAUGCUGUGAAAAGCAUCCUCAUUAUUCAUCAAUUCCUAGAUCGUUAAAGACAAGAACUCUAUCCGAACCCGAUUCUAUUUCUUCAAAUUUAAUAGCAAAUGAGCAAACUACGGAAUUAUUAGUCGAUUUACGGGAAAUAGAUAAAUGGUGCAUUGAACAACCAAAGAACGAUGUGAUGAAAUUUAUAAAGCAGAGUGCACCCAACCUUGCCAAACUAAUAGAGCAUAAAAAAUUUUCUAUUAUUGAAAAUUCUUUUGCUCACUAA